GAUAAGUGGGCACAGAUCAGUCAGCGUCCAGUCAAGAUGGCGGGUGUUCUAUGGUUGGUGUUCCUGUCGGUCGUGUUGCCGAUCUCCCGAGCGGACGAUCGGCCCAACUUCGUGUUCCUCGUCGCCGACGACGUGGGAAUCGGAGACGUCGGCUGCUUCGGAAACGACACGAUUCGGACUCCUAAUAUCGACAGUAUCGCUGCUAACGGUGCCAAGUUGACCCAGCACCUGGCCGCCGCUGCCGUCUGCACCCCCAGCAGGUCAGCCUUCCUGACUGGACGCCUUCCCGUCAGAUUUGGAAUGGCAGGAACGGAUUUACCUAGGGCUUUGAUAUUUCUGGCUGCUCCCGCCGGGCUACCAAGGUCAGAGGUCACUUUUCCUCAGAUGGCAAAAGAUCAUGGGUACCAGACAGCGCUAAUAGGAAAAUGGCAUCUUGGUCUGAACUGCAAAUGGGCAGGGGACCACUGCCACCACCCCAGCAAGUUCGGGUUCGACUACUUCUACGGACUUCCUGGUUCGAACUCCCCCGAGUGCGACCCGGACAACCUGAGUGACAUGUUUACGGGGCCAACGGCAAAAAUCUUCACCAAAAGGAUGUAUUCCCGUCUCCGUCUUUGGGAGAUAGCGGGCAGCCUUUUCCUUGGAUUUUUGGCCCUGAAGCAUUUUCAGUAUAUCAAGUGGAAAACCUUUAUUGUGUGGUCUUUCAUCGGUUGGUCAGCGAUAAUACUUCUAUAUGCCUUUUUGGCCAAUGGCAGACAGUUUAACUGCGUCAUGAUGAGAGACGAUGACGUCAUAGAGCAGCCGCUCGACGUUUCUACCCUCACUCCCAGAAUGACUCUCGAAGCCGUCAAGUUCCUUGAAGAAAGGAAAGCAAAGAAGGAACAGUUCUUGCUGGAAGUCUCCUACUGGAACGCGCACACCGCCCUUUUACCUUAUAAGGAAUUCCGCGGGAAAAGCCGACACGGUCUCUAUGGCGACACCGUAGAGGAGAUGGAUUGGAGCAUCGGGGUUGUCAUGGCAACGUUAGAGAGGCUGGGUUUGACAAACAACACCUUUGUGUACUUCACGUCUGACAACGGCGCUCAUAUGGAGAUAGGAGAUGCUGGAGGGUCGAACGGUAUUUAUAAAGGUGGUAAAGGGCAAGGAGGGUCUGAAGGGGGAAUCCGUAUGCCUACACUUGUGCAGUGGCCAAGAAAAAUCAGGCCCGGUACUGUAGUAACAGAGGCCACCAGCCAGAUGGACAUUUUCCCCACGGUAGCAGACAUCCUCAAGGCCCCACUUCCCCAGGACAGGGUGAUGGACGGGCGGAACAUCCUGCCGUUGCUAGGCGGGGCCAAGCAACCGUCUCCACACGACUUCCUGUUCCACUACUGCGGGAAUGUCCUGCACGCCGUAAGAUACAGGCCUAGGAAAGGAAGUGUGACAUGGAAAGCUCACUUCGCUUCCUAUCCCUGGCUUCCUGGCACAUCACACUGCGGUGUCCAACAAAUGGUUUGCUACUGUGACGUCCAAUGGGGUGUUACCUUCAACGAUCCGCCAUUACUGUAUGACGUCACUAACGACCCAACAGAAGACCGACCAAUCAGCGCCGACUCUAACCCGAAGUACCGAGAAGUGCUUGACGUCAUCACGAAAGCUGUUGAAGAACACAAGCAAAGCCUGACUAAAGUAGACGACCAGCUCGCAGCAGGACCGCUGUUCCUCCCUCGACCGUGGUUGCAACCAUGUUGUAACUUCCCUUUUUGCAACUGCCAGGAAGAGGUGGAUUUAUCCUCUCUUAAGAUCACUGUCUAAGAGAGAAAGUAACAUUUAAAGAAGGGAUAUUUCAUUGACUAACUCAUUGCAAAAUGCGCAAACGUAACGAUCGAACGCUGUUCAACGAGUACAUGUAUAGCAAGCGUCCUGAUUUCCAUUGUUAGUGACAACUGGAAAUCUCUACGUGUCUAGAACACCUGUCUCAUUCUGUCUGAAGACAGACUAAAUACUCUCUUCUCUAAAGAUCACGAAAUAAAGAUUAUUAUGAUUGUUAACUGUAUAAACAUAGUGUAUAUCAAAUUCAUGAUCAAUCAACAUUGAAUUUGAUUUUUUUUUAAUACACCAGCCAGCGAUAUCUUGCUGUUAAAGAUGCUACUGACCACUACAUGACUUUGUGGCAUCUUCCAUAUUUAAGACAGAUAAUGAAUGUUGUGUAUUUAAUUCGAUUCUAUGAAAGCUAAUGGAGAGCCUACACUUGGAGUUGGUGUUUGGGGAAGUUCGUCGAUAUGGUAAAAAGGUAAAGUUAAUUUAAAGAUAUCAAUGUGUAAGCGUGAUCUUACCACCUAUAUUUCAAUUUCUUUACUAUUCAGAAGUACUGAUUUGAUUUCUUUGAUUUUAUCAGAAUUAACGUUACAAACGGUAUAAUUACACGUGCGUCACAGACAGUGGCGUACUGUACUGCAUACUUACCUGUUCAUCAAAUAAACAUGAUACAAAGAUAAUUUUGAUUACUUCAAAAGUAACGUAUUCGAUUAACGUCGUUGGCAAAUGUGAGUGAAUGUUACACGUUUGGGAACGCAAGAUA